AUGAAUUUUCAUAAAAUACAUAUAAAGCAGAAUUAUGUAAAUUCUUAUGCUUCUUAUCUUUGGAAAGUUAAGUUUAAACGCACAUUAUGUGGAGUCAAUGAUAAAUGUAAUAACGAUCACGGUCGAACGCAAAAAUCUUUAGAAAAAAUAAAGCGACAUAACACAACAAAUACAGUUACUGAUUCUUCAUCUCAGAACAAAGCAGGAAUCAAAUUAGAUGACGGGAAGAUAGUAUCCAUCAUAGGGGCGGUAGUGGACGUGCAGUUUCCAGUAUAUCUGCCCGAAAUUUUGACUGCCUUAGAAGUCAAGGAUCGUAAGCCACGUCUAGUUUUAGAAGUGGCCCAACAUUUAGGAGAAGGUAUGGUUCGAACUAUAGCAAUGGAUGGAACAGACGGAUUGGUGCGCGGGCUGCCUGUAACCGAUACCGGAGCGCCGAUAAAAGUUCCCGUUGGCGUUGAGACUCUCGGACGUAUUAUGAACGUAAUUGGUGAGCCCAUAGAUGAACGAGGUCCAUUUAAUACCCCCUUAAGAUAUCCAAUACAUAACGAAGCCCCGCCGUAUGUUGAAAUGAGUGUAAAUCAAGAAAUGCUCGUAACAGGUAUUAAAGUUGUAGAUCUGUUAGCCCCUUAUUCAAAAGGUGGAAAAAUCGGUUUAUUUGGUGGAGCUGGUGUAGGCAAGACCGUCUUGAUAAUGGAGCUUAUAAAUAAUGUGGCAAGGGCUCACGGAGGUUAUUCAGUUUUUGCCGGAGUCGGCGAAAGAACGCGUGAAGGAAAUGAUUUAUAUAAUGAAAUGAUAACAAGUGGUGUAAUAUCUCUGAAAGAUAAAAGUUCUAAGGUUUCCUUAGUCUACGGACAAAUGAAUGAACCUCCCGGCGCAAGGGCACGAAUUGCACUUACUGCUCUGACUAUAGCAGAAUACUUUAGAGAUAUAGAAGGACAGAAUGUUUUAUUAUUUAUUGAUAAUAUAUUUAGAUUUACUCAAGCUGGGUCUGAAGUGUCUGCUUUACUUGGCCGUAUUCCUUCUGCUGUUGGAUAUCAACCUACUCUAGCCACAGAUAUGGGUAGUAUGCAGGAAAGAAUUACGACAACUACCAAAGGAUCCAUUACAUCUGUACAAGCUAUUUACGUUCCGGCAGAUGACCUAACAGAUCCCGCGCCUGCAACUACAUUUGCUCAUCUCGAUGCUACAACCGUAUUGUCGCGCGGUAUUGCUGAAUUAGGAAUAUAUCCUGCUGUAGAUCCAUUGGACUCUAGUUCUCGAAUAAUGGACAUCGCUAUCCUUGGCGAAGCUCAUUAUAACGUUGCCAGAGAAGUACAAAGGGUACUACAGAAUUACAAAUCAUUACAAGAUAUAAUAGCAAUACUGGGAAUGGAUGAAUUAUCAGAGGAAGAUAAACUAAUUGUAGCAAGAGCACGAAAAAUUCAACGAUUUCUUUCUCAACCUUUUACAGUAGCUGAAGUAUUUACUGGCCACCCAGGUAGACUAGUAGCGGUAAAGGACACGGUGGAGGGUUUCAAGAGAAUUUUAUCUGGCGAAUUUGAUCACUAUCCAGAGAUGGCUUUCUACAUGGUGGGCACAAUAAGUGAGGUGACUGAAAAAGUGAAAAUUAUGGCGAAAGAACUUGGCGUAGUGAUUUAA